CAGGCGUGCCGGGACAUCUGCGCGCAGUUGAAGGUGACGGCAGCCUGUGGCUGCCAGUCCCACGACUACGUCAUCCUCGACCGGAGCCUGGCCGACAUCUGCGACGAAGACGACGAUAAUGCUAACGCCUGCAUCGAGGGAGUGGCGUCCAAGAUCUGUGGCUCUGAUUGCCCGUGCCUCGAGAGCUGCAGGAGCGUCACGUACGGCAGAACCGGCAGCUCCCUCCGCUGGACCGGCGACGUGCUGCAGCAACCUGGUGCUUCCGAGGACAGCGAGGGGUAUGUAUUCACUUCCCUUAAAUUGCUUUUGCCGCAAGGAACUGGCUCGCACGACAGCGUUUCCGCUGUGUUGCACUGCGAUAUUUUUGACGUGGAACUACGUCGUUCUCCUCGCUUGGAAGGGGGUUCAAAGUUGGAAGAUCAAUGUCACGAAAACUUGGUCACGGACGUGACGUC